CCCUGCCCCGCCCACAGCAGAGUGAAGCGCUCCCUUGAAGUGCGGCGUUGCGCUCGCCGUGCAGACUCUCGCUUUCGGCUGCAGUUGGCAGGUCCCGCGGUCUCGGCUUGGGAGCAGCGCGUGCCGGCUGGUCUUGUUUCGGCGUCUGGUGUGGGUUAAGUGCCGGAGGAAGCACAAUGCGACAGCCUGGACAGACGAAGCGAUAAUAGCCAGGCGAUCUCGCUUGGAAACGGCUGUUUGCUCGACGGCGUUUAAUGCGCUCUUUAUUUCUUUUGCCUGGAAAAACAAGAGUCCAGUUUAGGGUCGGUUUGAAGGCUGCCGAGGAAGAGGGAAAGGAGCGAGAAAAGAGCAGGCGAGCUAUGGGGCGAGAGGUGGCUUUGUCCCGUUUUCCUCUUUGGGACUAGCUUACAAAAAAGAGGAAGGUGGAAGGAAAGCUCCCCGGGCGUUUCGAGACUCCAGGUGCUGAGAAGACCUGGGCGCACGUGGCAACGGCAAGUCAGCCAAGCGAAAUUGGACGCGUUGCAAAUAUUAACCGCAUUUCGAUUUGUGAUUUAUUUAUUUUUGACCGCGUUUUUGCUCCCGGAAUUUGCUGCAAGUUGAGAAGCUUGCAAUCUGGAUUUCAUGGAGCGGGGAGUCUUGAUACUGAUUGGACUUACAUUUCUCUCGAGCGCAGGUUUCUCGCUACCCACCUCUCAUCCCCUGUUGCUUCCUAGUGCGAGCAGGAGUAACAGCACAGGGCUGAGGUUUCUGGGGCUCUCAGAGAGAGUCAGCAAAGGAACCAGCACAGAACCCAGAAAGCUGAAUUCAGCUACCAGCUCCAAACUGGACAACGUGGCUGACCUGGGGGAGGUCCACCACAGAGCCAAACGCUGUACUUGCUACACCUACAAAGAUAAAGAGUGUGUUUACUACUGCCACUUGGAUAUCAUCUGGAUCAACACCCCAGAGAAAACUGUUCCAUAUGGGUUGGCUAAUUACAGGGGAAAUUUCCGGGUCAAGAGGUCCACAGAGCAGCUCCACAAGAGCUUGCAUUCAUCAGAAAGAUCUCCAUCACGCUGCUCUUGCACAGAUCGACGUGACAAGUUGUGCAUGCAGUUUUGCACAUGGAGUGUCCAAUGCAAAUGAUCAGGUGGGAAAAGGAAGAAAGAGAAGGAGAGAGCGGGAAAAUGAGAAAAUGGGCUGGUGGUAAGAGAGAGCUGGAGGACAAGAAGAGAGAAAAUGUUCUCGGUACUUUGGUUAGACAACACUUCAUCCAGCAUCCUUGAAAAACAGAACACAUAAGACAGCAGCUGGGUUUCAAUCUUCUCUUUGGAAUUGGCCAGAUUUGAUUCAUUUAUUUUUCUGCCUCCCUUCUUACGUAUAUCUCACCUUUCAAGACAUUUUCUACAUAAACUAACAAACUACAUUCCUAAUAACAGGAAGCAGCAGGUGAAGCUAAGCAGAAUCACAUCAGUUACCUGUACAAUUAGCACAGGCGGGCUCCAAGGCUGUGUGGUCUCCUCAUUUCUCUUCUCUCUGUAUACCAAUGACUGCAUCUCUAACGAUCCAUCUGUUAAACUACUGACGUUCGCAGAUGACAUAACAAUGAUCGGUCUCAUUUGAGACAAUGAUGAAUCCGCAUACAGAUAGGAGGGUGAACAACUAGCCUCGUGGUGCAACCAGAACAAUCUGGAACUGAACACACUCAAAACCAUAGAAAUGGUGGUAGACUUUAGGAGAAACCCUUCCAUACUUCCACCUCUUACAAUACUAGACAACACAGUAUCAACAGUAGAGACCUUCAAAUUUCUUGAUUCUACCAUAUCGCAAGAUCUAAAAUGGACAGUUAACAUCAAAAACGUCAUCAGAAAAGCAAAACAAAGAAUGUUCUUUCUGCGCCAACUCAGAAAGCUCAAACUGCCCAAGGAGCUGUUGGUACAGUUCUACAGAGGAAUUAUUGAGUCUGUCAUCUGCACCUCUAUAACUGUCUGGUUUGGUUCUGCAACCCAACAAGAAAGACACAGACUUCAGAGGAUAAUUAGAAAUGCAGAAAAAACAACUACUACCAACCUGCCUUCUAUUGAGGACCUGUAUACUGCAUGAGUUCAAAAAGAGGCACUGUGAAAAUAUUUACAAACCUCUCACAUCCUGGACAUAAACUGUUUCAACUCCUACCCUCAAAAUGAGGCUACAGAGCACUGCAUACCAGAACAACUAGACACAAGAACAGUUUCUUCCUGAACGCCAUUACUCUGCUAAGCAAAUAAUUCCCUCAACAAUGUCAAACUAUGUACUAAGUCUGCACUACUAUUAAUCUUCUCAUCGUUCCCACCACCCAUCUCCUUCCACUUAUGACUGUAUGACUAUAACUAUUGCUUGUAUCCUUAUGAUUUAUAUUGAUAGUUUCCUGAUUGCUUAUUUGUACCCUAUGACUAUCAUUAAGUGUUGUACCUUAGAAUUCUUGAUGAACGUAUCUUUUCUUUUAUGUACACUGAGAGCAUAUGCACCAAGACAAAUUCCUUAUGUGUCCAAUCACAUUUGGACAAUAAAAAAUUCUAUUCUGUUCUGUUCUGUUCUGUUCUGUUCUGUUCUGUUCUGUUCUGUACUGUACUGUACUAUACUAUACUAUACUAUAC